AUGGCGGCAGCGCCAGCAAAGUCAAAGGCACCUCUCUUGGCAAACGAGGGCAACGAAGGGAACGAACCACAGGACCCAGAGUUGACUCGGUCUCCGUUUACUGACGAUGGGCGACCGUCGGAGCCAGAGCGCAUACAGAUCACUAUACAUGCCCCGCAUACUCCCCCGAGUGCUAAUUUGGCUCCUAGCAACCAGUCACUUAUCGGGUCGAGUGCGGAUGCGCCUUCUGGAUCAGAUGAUGGACCUCUCAGUGGUUUAACAGCUGAAGAAGCGGCAGCUAGGCUCCUUCAGUACGGCAAGAACGAGAUCCCGGAGCACGUGGAGCCUUGGUAUGUUAUGCUUGGUAAGCAAUUCGUUGGCAUGAUGCCCUUCAUGCUGAUCAUUGCGGCUGCCCUUUCUGCAGUCACUGAAGACUGGGCGGACUUUUCAGUCAUCCUCCUCAUGCUGCUUGUGAACGCUUUGAUCGGCUUCCACGAAGAGUUCAAAGCUCGCCAGUCAUUGGACGCGCUGAAAGCGCAAAUGACAGCGACAGUGCCCGUGAAGCGAGAUGGGACCAUGAUAAUUAUUCCGGUCGCGGACCUUGUUCCAGGCGAUGUGAUCUUCCUGCGCGGUGGCAACAUUGUUCCUGCUGAUUGUGAAUUUUUGGAGGGUGAUGAGAUGCUGGUAGACACGGCCGCGUUAACUGGUGAGCCAAUUCCCCGCAAGAUUCCGCGCCCAGAUCGCGAAGGUGAGCCAACAGGAUCCGGAAAGUUGCUGCUGUCAGGUUGCAUAGUGAAGCAAGGAGAGGCCCACUGCGAAGUCAGGGAGACUGGACUAAAUACAGAAAUUGGACAAGCUGCCGGCCUAGUAGCAGAAGCUUCAGGCCAUCAGCCAGGCAUCUUCGAGACCAAGAUAAUGCAGGUUGUGCAUGCUGUUAUACUGUUGGCGCUUGUGGACGCAGGCAUUGUGCUUUAUCUUGAUGUUGCCCACAGGGGGAUUGUGUUCUCCAAAGCGCUCCUCAAUGUCCUAGCGCUAGUAAUUGGUGCUGUACCCAUUGCGCUACCAUUGGUCAUGCAAGUGACGAUGGCAAUCGGAGCUGCCAGCAUGGCAAGCAAGCAGGCGAUCGUGACACAUCUGACCGCCCUUCAAGAAAUUGCCUCCAUGACCGUUUUAUGUUCAGAUAAGACCGGCACAUUGACCACAGCUGAUAUGAGAGUGCUGCCUCACAGAACAUGGACUCGCAACAAAUUGCCCAAAGAUGAUGCGUUGCUCUACGCCUGUUUGGCCUCAAACCCAGCAAACAAAGAAGACCCCAUCGACAAAGCAGUGUUGGGUUCCGGGCAUGAGCACUUUGGUGGCAACGAGGCCGAGCAAUUGAUGGCCCGAUACAAGAAGACCAAAUUCGUGGGCUUCAAUCCCACUGUGAAGCGGACAGUCGUGUACUGUGAGCAUGAGGAGAAAGGCAAGUUGAAGAUUUCCAAGGGUUUGGUUGACAAAGUUCUGACAACUGGAGAUGAUGGUGGCGACUGCUGGGAAUGUGUUGAUGCCAACGUGCUAAGGGAUGAACUCAAAGAGGUAGAUAUCCGUCUCUCGUCGCAGGGGUACAAGACAGUCGGCCUUGCAGUUUCUGAGGAUGAAGGGCCUAUGCAGUUUGUAGCAAUCAUUCCCAUGCUUGACCCACCGCGGCAGGAUACAAAGGUGACAAUCUUCCGCAUCAGGGCUGCCGGCAUCAACGUGAAGAUGAUUACUGGUGAUCACCUCAACAUUGCCGUAGAGACGAGCCGCUUAAUCGGCCUUGGAACUGGCAUACUGCCUGCUUCAGACCUGUGGCCUGCAUCAGCAACUCGGGAUGAGACCAUCAUGACUGCAGAUGGCUUUGCGCAGGUCCUCCCCAAGGACAAGAGAGAGGUUAUAUUGGUACUGCAGAACCGUGGUUUAGUGGUUGGCAUGACUGGUGAUGGUGUUAAUGAUGCGCCAGCGCUCGCUCAGGCACAAAUAGGCAUUGCCGUGGAUGGUGCCACCGAAGCAGCACGCUCAGCUGCUGACAUCAUCCUCACAUCUCCGGGGCUUUCUGCCAUUUUCGAUGCCGUUGUGGAGUCACGGAAGAUUUUUGCCAGAUUGAGAUCCUACGUCUUGUACCGCAUUGCAGCAACCAUCCAAAUUGUGCUCGUGUUGUCCAUACUCAUCUACGCAUACAAUGACACAAUGCCAGCCAUUUAUGUGAUCCUGCUUGCGCUGGUGAACGAUGUGACUAUGUUGCCUGUCGCCAGUGACAACGCUGCACCAUCAGCUCUUCCCGAAAUUCCGUCGAUGCCAUCAAUUCUGCUAGCCUCGUUCCUCUACGGAUUUCUCGGCACAGCUCAGACGAUGGCCUUGUACAUGUCAGACCUUCUGCAGGGAGAUGGCUCUGAUGAGUAUCGUAUGGCUGUGACAUAUUUGCAGAUGUCUAUUGCUGUGGAGCUUUUCAUCUUCUCCUGCCGCACUCCAGUAUAUGUUUGCAACUUCUUUCGCAGAGAUUCUCUGCCUUCUGUCCUCCUCGUGGUCUGCGUGAUGGGUGGCAACAUUCUGGUCUCCCUGCUUGCUGGUUUUGGUGACACGUUUAAAAUUGUUCACAAAGUGGCCUGGGUUGAUAUCGGUUGGAUUUGGUUGUAUGACUUGCUGGGCUUGUUGGUGAUCGAUUUCCUCAAGCGCUUCUUCAACGUGGUUGGUGUCGACUGGAUGUCUGCUGGAGCUGUCGGCGACGUCUUGGGCUACCCGAAUUUGCCGGACGAUUUCCACCAUGCAAGCCAUCGGUCAACUCUUCUUCAUAGCAGGGCCAGCAUGAGGAGCGUUCUGUACCACAGCCGUCUCUCUACCAUUUCGCAGGGUGGUGGCACGGGUGCCGCUGGCCGAACGGCAUCCUCGAAGCCUUCGGGUUCUACUUUGCCAUUCCCGCACAACCUUCGAGCGCAAGCGCUUCGCCACCUUCAUUCAUUCUAG